AGUUCUGACGUGUUGGGUAGAAACAGGAUCAUUUAACGGUGUUUUUUAACGGUGUAACGUUUAUUAACGGAGCUUCCUGCUGAAAGCGGCGUUGUUUAAUCCGCUGGAGCUCCCAGCUGCGCUGUCAGGGGGCAGCAGGUGGAGGAGGAGGAAACGGCGCUGCUAUUUCAGAGGCCGCCAUGAGUUUUUACAACCACAGAAUUACUUUCCUUCUGUUAACAAUAGAAAUUUAAAACAGAUGGGUUAAAAUUUACGAACACGGUUUAAAUGAACAGCGGCUUGAUGAAGCAAUUAUAGUUGUCUAGUUAUCAAACCGCUUAGUUUUUGUUUUAUUUUUUAUUUUUUUACAUUGACAAAUGUGAGAACAAAGGAAACCUGUCCGCAUGUCCCCGCAACAGGGCCUCCGUCUUAUCUCAAACGCUGAUUGGAUACGCGGUAAAUCCGCUCGGCCUAUCGCAGGACACCACACUGUGAAACGCGAACACGCGCUGCUGUGAUUGGUCCAACCGUUUGGCGCCUCUUGAAGCUGCUGCAGCCGGAGUGGGCGGUGAGUGCGAGACGGCGAAGAGUUUGAACCUGCUUGGCGUCGAGGCGGAAAUAUUGAGCUUAAGCUCCCCGUUUUCAGAAAAGACGCGGUUAAAUGACAGCAGCGUCCUCCGAGACACGCAGCAGCGGUAGCGCCGACGGCCCGGACUGAGGCCCGCCAACGGAAGCCGUGGUUGUUAACGGACGGCCGGUGCUGUGAAGCCGGCAGUCGCGCUCAGCGCCGCUACCUCCCGCUGAGCUAACGGCUAACUAGCCGCGGAGCUAACGCUUCGGCUAAGCUCCAACACAAAGGACUGCUGCCCCGGCGCCUGUCGUGUUUGGCCGGAAUCGGUGCGUUGAAUGAGGCCAGGGCCUGCCGACCAGGGCGACCAUGGUGCUGACAGGGAAGCGUUCGGACAAAGGCCCCGCCUGCUGGAAGAGGAGGGUCAAGUCUGAGUACAUGAAGCUGCGGCAGCAGAAGCGCUUCAGGCGGGCCGACGAGGUCAAGAGCAUGUUCAACUCCAACCGGCAGAAGAUCCUGGAGCGGACAGACAUCCUGAACCAGGAGUGGAGGACCCGGCGCAUCCAGCCCAUCCACAUCAUGACGUCCGUCAGCUCGCUGCGCGGUACCAGAGAGUGCACCGUGGAGAGCGGGUUCUCCGAGUUCCCCCGGCAGGUGAUCCCCCUGAAGACGCUGAACGCCGUGGCCUCGGUCCCCGUCAUGUACUCCUGGUCUCCUCUGCAGCAGAACUUCAUGGUGGAGGACGAGACGGUGCUGCACAACAUCCCCUACAUGGGAGACGAGAUCCUGGACCAGGACGGCACCUUCAUAGAGGAACUCAUCAAGAACUACGACGGCAAGGUCCACGGAGACAGAGAAUGCGGCUUCAUCAACGACGAGAUCUUCGUGGAGCUGGUCAACUCCAUGGUCCAGUACAGCGACGAUGAAGACGAGGAGGACGAGGAAGAGCACGCCUUCAAGGUGGAGAAGAUGGAGGCGGAGAGCAAGGAGCGCGCUGAGGACGCAAAGGACCGACACGUCAACAACGAAGGCCGCAGCAGCACCGACGGCAGCAAGAAGUUUCCCUCAGACAAGAUUUUUGAAGCCAUUUCCUCCAUGUUCCCCGACAAGGGUUCCACCGAGGAGCUGAAGGAGAAGUAUAAGGAGCUGACCGAGCAGCAGCUGCCCGGCGCUCUGCCGCCCGAGUGCACGCCCAACAUCGACGGUCCGAACGCCCGGUCCGUGCAGCGGGAGCAGAGCCUGCACUCCUUCCACACCCUGUUCUGCAGACGCUGCUUCAAAUACGACUGUUUCCUCCACCCGUUCCACGCCACUCCAAACACCUACAAGCGCAAGAACCUGGAGAACCUGGUGAACAGCUCGCCGUGCAGCCUGGACUGCUACAUGUCGCUGGUACCGGACGGCGUGGAGAAGGAGUGUCCCGCAGGCGCGGCCGGCGAGCGCGCCAAGACGCCGUCCAAGCGGCCGGCGGGUCGGCGCCGCGGCCGGCAGCCCAACAGCAACGGCAGCAGCCGACCCGGUACGCCCACCGUGUCGUCAGAGACCAAAGACACGGACAGCGAAGGCAGCAAGGACGACGAGAGGGACAACGAGAAGGACGAGACCAACAGCAGCUCAGAGGGAAACUCUCGCUGUCAGACUCCGGUGAAGAUGAAGCUGAGCUGCGAGGCCGACGCCGCGGACUGGAGCGGCGCCGAGGCGUCCCUCUUCCGGGUUCUGAUCGGCACGUACUACGACAACUUCUGCGCCAUCGCCCGGCUCAUCGGCACCAAGACCUGCAGACAGGUGUACGAGUUCAGAGUGAAGGAGUCGGCCAUCAUCGCCCGGGCGCCGGCGGAGGACGAGGACACGCCCCCCAGGAAGAAGAAGAGGAAGCACCGUCUGUGGGCGACCCACUGCAGGAAGAUCCAGCUGAAGAAAGACGGCUCGUCCAAUCACGUGUACAACUACCAACCAUGUGACCACCCCCGGCAGCCCUGCGACUCGUCCUGCCCCUGCGUCACCGCCCAGAACUUCUGUGAGAAGUUCUGCCAGUGCAGCUCCGAGUGUCAGAACCGCUUCCCGGGUUGUCGGUGCAAAGCCCAGUGCAACACCAAGCAGUGCCCCUGCUACCUGGCGGUGAGGGAGUGCGACCCGGACCUGUGCCUGACCUGCGGCGCCGCCGACCACUGGGACAGCAAGAACGUGUCCUGCAAGAACUGCUCCAUCCAGAGGGGAGCCAAGAAGCACCUGCUGCUGGCGCCGUCCGACGUGGCCGGGUGGGGCAUCUUCAUCAAGGAGCCGGUCCAGAAGAACGAGUUCAUCUCGGAGUACUGUGGAGAGAUAAUCUCUCAGGACGAAGCGGACCGCAGGGGGAAGGUCUACGAUAAAUACAUGUGCAGCUUCCUCUUCAACCUCAACAACGACUUUGUGGUCGACGCCACCAGGAAAGGCAACAAGAUCCGCUUCGCUAAUCACUCCGUGAACCCAAACUGCUAUGCAAAAGUGAUGAUGGUCAACGGGGAUCACCGGAUCGGGAUCUUCGCUAAGAGAGCCAUCCAGACUGGAGAGGAGCUGUUCUUCGACUACAGGUACAGCCAGGCCGACGCCCUGAAGUACGUGGGGAUCGAGCGGGAGAUGGAGAUCGCCUGAACCGGACCGCCUGAACCGGGUCGGCGCCACCGAGGCCUUAAACCCAGACCCAACAGAACCGUGGGGACUCUGGGCUGAUGCUUGUUUUUUUGCUCUGUAGGAUUUUUUUUUUUUUUCGUUUUAACUUCUGUCAAACGCUCCGGUUCUGUCGGGAGGUUCUGGAUCCUUCUGGGUCUCGUCUCGGGUCGGGAAUCAUCGGCACAGGAACCGGAGACGAGACCCAGAAGGUGCCGACAGUCGGAGGCUUCAGGGACCAAAACUCCUCCACCAGCGGCACACGGACCGGACCGGCCCGGUUCGGCCCAACGGACCCAACACUGCCAAACGAACGGGUCAGAACCGCAGACUGAACACCGGAAACGUGCUCAGGUUCUUCCCCACCAGCAAACCAAGCUGGACCGGGUUCUGGUUCUGAUUCUGCAGCUUCAGGUGCUAAAUGUUGACGGUUCUAAAGAACCAGAACACAACCCGACCCGUCUGGACUUCUCCGGAUGUUCUGUUGGUGCUCCUGUCUGUACAGUUUUCCCAGAAUCCCUCAGUGGCUCCCUUGAACCGGGUCGGUUUAGAACCGGGUCUCUUUGUGCUGAUUGGACCUCCUGGUGUUUUCUGUGUUGUGAAAUCAUGAUUCGGUUCUGGAGAAGGUGGGUCCGGUUCGUUCUGGUGUCGGAUGGGAAGUGGAACCGGACCAAUUGGACCAGCUGGUUCUGAGUUUUAUAACAAACUAUGUAACGUCUGCUGCUGAUGUGACCCGGUUCGGUCCGGUCCGAUAACGAGCCAGAACUGAAAGAACCCAGGUGUUGUACUGGCACACCAUUGUUUGGUUCUGACCCGGUUUGGGAUCGGACCUAGCGGUACCGUAGCAGCAGUAUGAGGAAGGAUUGUUUAGCUGUUUUAAAGCCCGGUGAACCUGAUGUGGACCCGGGUUCUGGAGUGGACCAGAACCAAGGUUCUGCAGUAAUGGACUGUGAAACCAAUAACUGACCCGUUUUCUCCUCUAAAUGUUCUGUUGGACCAGGAGGUUCUGGCCGUGGAGGGUGACCCGCUCCCUGCUGCGCCUCGGGUUCCCAACAGAACCGCCCGUUAACGGACCGGCCCAUUUCUCAGAGGUUCUCCAGCAACGGUUCCGUCUCUGGUGCUCUCCGAGGUCCGAACGCCGCUCCGGCCCGUUUCUGUUAUUUAUUACAAGCUGGAGCCGAGCGGCGCCGGCCCGUCGGACCCGCGGUGCUGAACUCACCUGUACAUAGAACAAAGACCAACUUCCUGUCUUCUAGCUCCUCACUGGUUCUGGAGAAUCACGUCAACGGUGCUGCGCCGGGUCGGGUCAGCGAACAGAACCGGGAGGCCCGGCCCGGCCCUUUAAGCUUCAGGUUCUUCUCCCCGUCUCGGUAGAACCGCCUCCGGUUCUGACACCGGUGCUGAAUUUUCUAAGGCUUGCAGGGAUUCUGCUGUUCAGAGUGAUGCUGAUUAAAAAUGUUCUGAAUGGUC